AUGGCCAAGAAUAACCUCACCAUAGUAACUGAGUUCAUCCUCAUGGGCUUUACGGACUAUCCUAAAUUGGAGAUGCCCCUCUUCCUGGUGUUCCUGAGUUUUUAUCUAGUCACCAUUCUGGGGAAUGUGGGGAUGAUCAUUCUGAUCCAAGAGGAUGUCCACCUCCACACCCCAAUGUACUUCUUUCUGAGCCACCUCGCCCUGCUAGACACCUGCUACACUUCGGUCAUCACCCCUCAGAUCCUGGCCACGCUGGCCACAGGCAAGACAGUCAUCUCCUACGACCAAUGUGCCUCUCAGUUCUUUUUCUUCACCAUCUGUGCAGGCACAGAGUGUUUCCUGCUGGCCGUGAUGGCCUAUGAUCGCUGUGUGGCUAUCAGCAACCCACUGCUCUACACUGUGGCCAUGCCUCCCAGGAUCUGCUGGAGUUUAGUGGUGGGAGCCUAUGCCUGUGGUGUAGCAGGGGCCAUCCUGCGUACCACAUGUACUUUCACCCUCUCCUUCUGCGAUGACAAUCAGAUCAACUUCUUCUUCUGUGACCUCCCACCCCUGCUGAAGCUCGCUUGCAGUGACACAACAAACGCUGAGAUUGCCAUUGUCUUCUUUGGCAACUUUGUGAUUUUGGCCAAUGCCUCCGUCAUCCUGAUUUCCUACCUGCUUAUCAUCAAGACCAUUUUCAGGGUGAACUCUUCAGGUGGCAGGGUCAAGGCUUUCUCCACGUGUACCUCUCACCUCACUGCUGUGGCUCUUUUCUUUGGGACCCUCAUCUUCACGUAUCUGCAGAAUGGUUCAGGCAAAUCCCUCGAAGAAGACAAGGUGGUGUCUGUCUUCUACACUGUGGUCAUCCCCAUGCUGAACCCUCUCAUCUACAGCCUGAGAAACAAGGAUGUGAAAGCAGCUUUCAGAAAGGUCACUGGUAGAGUCCAGGUGUUCCUGAGUGUGUAG